UCAUUUUUGAUGGUCUGGAUGAGUGUCGACUUCCUCUAGACUUCAAAAACAAUGAGAAGUGCUGUGAUGUCACGAAGCCAACCUCAGUGGACGUGCUGCUGACAAACCUCAUCAAGGGGAAUCUGCUUCCCUCUGCUGUCCUCUGGAUAACCUCACGGCAUGCAGCAGCCAAUCAGAUCCCUCCUGAGUGUGUUGACCAGGUGACAGAGGUACGAGGGUUCAAUGAUCCACAGAAGGAGGAGUAUUUCAGGAAGAAAAUCACAGAUCAGAAUCUGGCCAAUGAAAUCAUCAAACACGUGAAGACAUCAAGGAGCCUCCACAUCAUGUGCCACAUGCCAGUCUUCUGUUGGAUAUCAGCCACUGUCCUUGAGAUGAUACUGAAAGAGGCAGAGAAGGAUGAAGUCCCCAAAACUCUGACCCAGAUGUACUCACACUUCAUGCUCAUCCAAAUCAUUGUGAAGAACAGGAAGUACAACAAAGCCACAGAGACAAACCCAAAGGAACUGUCUCAGUCAGACAAAGAGAUGAUCCUUAAACUGGCAAAGCUGGCUUUCCAACAGCUGCAGAAGGGCAACCUGAUCUUCUAUGAGGAGGACCUGAGAGAGUGUGGCAUUGACGUCACAGAGGCAUCAGAGUACUCAGCAUUGUGUACAGAGAUCUUUAAAGAAGAAUCUGGGCUGUACCAAGACAAGGUCUACAGCUUUGUGCAUCUGAGCAUUCAGGAGUUUCUAGCAGCAGUGCAUGCUUUAGAAUCAUGUCUGGAC